AGGACGAUGUCGGUGUGAGCGCACGCACAUGCUGAAAAGAACAAGGGUCUGCCUCAUUUGCAGACGGUGACAUUUAGAUCGUGGCCCGCCUACAAGGCGUGGAGUCGUGUCUCCUUUCCACAAGUCUCUCACUGGGGACAGAGGGAUUACCGGGUGGACCAUAGAUGGCCCGGACACGGGGGAUUCUUUCUUCUUUUUUCCUGUAGGGUGCUCUAACCACAACACACAGGUAUGCCACCCCCGGCUGACAUUGUGAAGGUUGCCAUUGAGUGGCCCGGUGCCAAUGCUCAGCUUAUAGAGAUGGACCAGAAAAGACCCUUAUCCUCUAUAAUACGGGAAGUAUGUGAUGGGUGGUCUUUGUCGGGCUCUGAGCAGUUUGCUCUCCGUUAUGCUGAUGGUCCUCAGCUUUACAUCACGGAACAGAGCCGUGGUGAUAUUAAGAAUGGGACAAUCCUUCGAUUAGCAAUUUCCCCAGCUCGUGCUGCUCGUCAACUCUUGGAGAGGAUCCAGUCUCAUGGUAUUGAUGCUCGCCUCGAGGCUCUGAAGGAGCUGGCAAAGUUGUCUGCAGAUCCGACUUUUGCUGCAGAGUUCAUAAAUAUGGAAGGCAUAGGGACUCUGGCUCGGCUUGUUGAGAGUGGCACGCAUUUUGGGGAAAUGUUGGCCUUCACUCUCACUGCGUUCCUGGAGUUGAUGGAUCAUGGCAUUGUAUCCUGGGAUCUGAUCUCCCUCUCCUUCAUCAAACAGAUUGCAGGUUAUGUGAACCAGCCCAUGGUGGAUGUGUCCAUCCUGCAGCGCUCCUUGGCCAUCCUGGAGAGCAUGGUCCUGAACAGCCACAGUCUCUACCAUCGCGUGGCCCAGGAGAUCACCGUGGGACAGCUCAUCGGGCACCUGCAAGUGUCAAAUCAGGAAAUCCAGACCUACGCCAUCGCUCUCAUCAACGCUCUUUUCCUGAAGGCGCCAGAAGACAGACGGCAGGAGGAGUAUACUAACCCACUGGAGCAGCACCUCACUGAAAUGGCCAGCACUUUGGCUCAGAAACACCUGCGGUCCAUAAUCCUAAAUCACGUCAUCAGGGGAAAUCGUCCAAUCAAAGCAGAGAUGGCACAUCAGCUGUAUGUUCUACAGGUGUUGACCUUUAACCUUUUGGAAGAAAGGAUGAUGACCAAAAUGGAUCCCAAUGACCAGGCUCAGAGGGACAUCAUUUUUGAGCUGCGUAGAAUUGCCUUUGAUGGAGACACUGAUCCCACCGGUACAGAGAAGAGGAAAGCAAUGUACACCAAGGACUACAAGAUGCUCGGGUUCACUAACCAUUUGAACCCAGCCAUGGACUUCACCCAGACUCCUCCUGGGAUGCUGGCUCUGGAUAAUAUGCUUUAUCUGGCCAGGGUUCAUCAGGAUACUUACAUCAGAAUCGUGCUGGAGAACAGCAGUCGGGAGGACAAGCAUGAGUGUCCCUUUGGCCGCUGUGCGAUUGAACUUACUCGAAUGCUGUGUGAGAUUCUCCAGGUUGGAGAACUGCCAAACGAGGGCUGCAAUGAUUAUCACCCCAUGUUCUUCACUCAUGACCGCGCGUGGGAGGAAUUCUUCUGCGUCUGCAUCCAGCUGCUUAAUAAAACAUGGAAGGAGAUGAGAGCCACGGCGGAGGACUUCAACAAGGUGAUGCAGGUGGUCCGGGAACAGAUUACCAGGGCUCUGGCUAUGAAGCCGUCCUCCAUAGACCAGCUGAAGAACAAGCUGCGAGGCCUGAGCUACUCUGAGAUCCUGCGUCUGCGGCAGUCAGAAAGGAUGAGCCAGGACGACUUCCAGUCUCCGCCCAUCAUAGAGCUGCGGGAGAGGAUUCAACCCGAGAUCUUGGAGCUCAUCAAGCAGCAGCGGCUCAACCGGCUGUGCGAGGGAAGCUGCUUCCGUAAACUGGGAAACCGUCGAAGACAAGAAAAGUUCUGGUUCUGCCGAUUAUCUCUUAACCACAAACUUCUGCACUACGGGGAUUUGGAGGAGUCCCCUCAGGGUGAAGUGCCUUUUGAGUUACUGAGUGACAAGAUCCCUGUCUCAGAUAUCAAGUCUGUGUUAACAGGAAAGGACUGCCCUCAUAUGAAGGAGAAAAGUGCUCUAAAACAAAACAAGGAGGUGCUGGAGCUGGCCUUCUCCGUCCUCUACGAUCCGGACGAAACGCUUAAUUUUGUUGCGCCGAACAAAUACGAGUAUUGCAUCUGGACCGACGGGCUGUGUGCGCUGCUGGGCAGAGAGAUGGGCAGUGACCUGACACGCAGCGACCUAGAUACCCUCAUAAGCAUGGAGAUGAAGCUCCGCCUCCUCGACCUUGAGAACAUCACGAUCCCUGAAGCCCCGCCUCCAGUGCCAAAGGAGCCUAGCUCUUAUAACUUCACCUACAACUACAGCUGAGUUGUGCGUAUGCUUCUGUGUGUGCUCGAAUGCCAUGCAUGCAUGUAUUGAUAAAAGAUACGUUUACUCAUCUGUUGAUGAAUUUAGCUGCUUAUAUUUAUAACAGUUGAUUUUGUUUUCCAGAACUUUAAACACACACGUUUAAGAUGCAGUACGGUUGUCAGACUUAAAGAAAUAAAUGUGAUAAUAGCUUUACGGUGAGGCCAGAGGUUAAACUUUGCUUAACAGUUGAGAACCCCGACAGCAUCUUCCUCUCCUCUAAUUCACAGGCAGAAAUUCAACCGGAGCUUUUAGUUUUUCAGUAAAAUGAAGGCGUUCUUGCUAAGUCAAGCGAUGUGUGGUAGCCAUGGCAACUGGUAAUGAAGGGGCUACACUUUCAGUUUAAAUGUUUAAAAUGAGCUGUGAUACUGCUCGUUCCUCCACUUGUACAGUAAAAUACAAUCAGCUCUACACCUUUUCUCCAUUAUUGCCUCAUUAAUAUCAAGUUAUCAACAUACAGGAUCAUAAAUAAGAUGGACAGCUUUCUCUGUAGCUGCCUGUUUCUGCUAUGAAAUGAAAUGUUCAUGUGCCAGAGAACUUUUCUGACAGGGAUUAAUUUUUGUCGACUAUAAAUAUCAGGACUGGCACAAGUCCAGGUGCUGAAUCUGCUGAUUCAGAGCCCAAAUUGGAUCACACAAACAAUCAAAACCGGACUAAAUUUGGUAAUUGUUCCUGGGGGAGGGCUGGUAGUAAAUAGUUACCAGCUCAAAGCUGAGUUUACACACCUGGUGUCGCCGAUCGCUGAUGCUGCCUGAAUUAACUUCUUUCUCACAUUUUUCUUGGCUGCUCUACAGUAUCAACUCACAAAAGGGAUUCAAUUAGCUUCAGAUCUUUUUGUGUGUUCAUAUUGGUUCCCAAACUGUGGUACAAACACCAGUAAUGAUUCAGUCAUUCUAAAAAGUUUUAGUACCCUGGGAAACUGGUUUUUAUGAGCUUGGUCACCGUAUUUAUUACCAAUAUAACGUGGUGCAGGAUGUUACUGCACAUAUGACAAACCUGCUUGAUGCAGUUGUAACAAACAUAAAGAUAUUUUAGCAGACAACAUUUCUGUGUAUGAAAUAGAGAUUCACCAAUAAAUCUACCUGAUACCAAUCUGAUAAAGUGGUAUCAGCCAAAAAAACCCUAAUUCCUCCAGAGGUUAGCCAGAGUAAUACAUAAAUUACACAGCAUGAGUUUAUAAUAUACUUCCAUAAUUAACAGUUUAACAGAGUUAAAAAGUAUUGAUAUAUUUUGUCAGUUAUCUGUUGCGUAUAAGAAAAAAAGAGAAAACAUUUCUUAUGGGUAAAGUACUUCAGUAUUUGAUAUCAGGUGACUACAACUACAUCUUGCUGGAUAUAAAGUAGGUAAAGAUGGUUUUUAAUAUAAAUGCUAUGUGGUGUUGUGUUUUCGCAACUUAAAGCAUGGCGUUUCAGCUUGCAUCAUAAAAACGUACCUUACAUUGCUUAAAUGAAGGAGGCCGCUUAUUUUUGUUCUACCUGUUUAGUAGUUUAACACAUCUCCUCUCACUGCACAGACCAGGGGAUUUAAGGAGCUUCUCUGCAAUCUACUAUUGAAACUCUGCUAGAUUUUCCAGUCCAAUAAAACUCAAACUUUCCAAGAAGUGAAGAAAUCUAGUACCGCUCAUUCAUCACAUGAACACAUAAUUGUGUUCUUUAUAUUUAGCAGUGUUGUCAUUUUCAAUUUUCCCGUAGUUCCUGGUUAUGGUCUUUUAGCUUGUGAGCCGAUACUCAGCACUGCUACUAUUUGUUAGAGGUCUAAAGAAUUGUAUUUUUGUAAAUGAUUUUACCUUCUUGUCAUUAGAUAGUAACUAUAACUCUCUGUAUUCUUUCCAGUAUUUCCAAGUUUAAAUAUGAGUUUUUACAGGCUUCUUUUCCCCUUAGCAAUAUUAAAAUGAAGAAUACAUUUCUAAAGAUAAAUAGCACAAAGAAGCAGAAUUAUUCUAUUUUACAUAUAAAAGAUGAACAUUCUCAUAUUUUUACCUAAGUUUUUACCUAAGUUUGAAAAUCUGAUUUAUAUCGGCAAACAAUUUGCUAUAAGUUGCACAUACACAGCGCUGAAGUGUUUAUGUCUUUUCAAUUUUCCUCUGAAUUCAGAUUUACUAAAUGAACCCCUUGCUGCAUCAAAGAACAUGUCAAUGUUCAGAUUGCAACCCCAAACUCAGAAUGUAAACAUUUAUCGUGUUUACGAUGAUUUAAGUCUGUGAAAUUAGACUUUUAUAAUGUGAAGGAACCCUGUGUGUUUUUGCAUUCAGCAUGCUCAGUAUACACUGAAACAAAUCCAUUAUAUUGUUUUUUAAGGGCACCAUCACUAGGACCUACUGUAACUAGGAUGUCAACUUGUAUCAAUAAUCUAUGUUGCUGUUGAUGCGAGUGGGAAAAGCAGAAUUCAGCUUGUUUGUGAUUUGCUUCGUUCCAAUUUGUUUUUAAUCUGAUUUUGGAAAUUCAAGGGGUUUAAAAAUGGGUUGUGGCUCCGAGAGUUUCUUAAAAGCUGUACAUCUUCAUCAUCUGAACAUGUGCUGUACAAAAGAUGCAGCGUGCUCCAGGCCUGUGUGUUUACCAAAAGCUUUUCUAAUUAUAGUGAAUUAGUGGAAAACAAGCUCACUUGCUCUUCCUUUUAUUAAUUCUGCCUAAAGCAUUGUUCUCUAAGCUCUCUGAGCCUCCAUACCAGCCCAUAAUCAAACCAGUAACUGAACCAGUUGACGAUGUUCCGGCAUCAACUUUUGUUGCAAAAAUAACCAUUAUCUUCUACAAUAAGUCUUGCCUUGAAUGAACAAAAAAUUGAAAUUUUUAGAUCCAUUAACUGUUUUUACAUGACUUACUUAAAAAUGUAUUUACACAAUGUAGUGCUACUAAAGAAUGAAAGAGUUAUAUAAAUAUUUGAAUAUGGUAUGCAUAUAGAUCAUUCUAUGUAUAUACAGUAAUGUCUUGCCUUAUUGAAGAGUUGUAUUAUGUUUUGUGUGAAUAAAGAAGUCCUAACUGAU